GUCCCAAUACUUGAUAGACUCUCCGCACAAAUACCAAGAGGUAAAAUAUACGCCCUUUUGGGUGCAAAUGGAGUUGGAAAGACCACUUUAAUUCGGGCUAUAUUGGGCCGCCUAAAGCUAUCGAGCGGUUCAAUCUUGGUAUUUGGCGUCCGACCGGCCAGUCUUGGUUCCGACAUUCCGGGUCCGGGUGUGGGUUAUAUGCCUCAGGAGUUGGCUCUGUUUGACGAGUUUACUAUAGAAGAGAUACUUCAAUACUACGGACUGUUAUAUCAUAUGAAAGGCAGUGAUUGUAAGGAAAGGAUCGUUGAAUUGAUACAAGUGUUGAAUUUGCCGGAAAAGACGCGACGAAUCGAUCGCCUAAGUGGUGGACAACAGCGCCGGGUGUCGAUUGCUGUAACACUGCUUCACAGACCGAAACUCAUUAUAUUGGAUGAGCCGACCGUUGGUGUGGACUCUUUACUCAGGCAUAGGAUGUGGCAGUAUUUGGAGGACUUAUGCAAAACAUACGAAGAGGCCCGAAGUGCGUCGACUGUGGCGUUCAUGAGCUCAGGAACUAUAUUGAAAGAAUCGGAUCCCAAUAUAUUGAUGGCUGAACAUCAGUGCAAUACACUCGAAGAGGUGUUUCUCCAACUGGUCACUCAAACCAAGUCAAUAAAUAAUAAAAGUUAUGAUCAAAACACUUGCAACACAACACAACUCUAUGAUAAUAAUUGUAAUAAUGAAAAGUUUAUUGACUUAACACGUGUUAGAGCUAUGCUAUGGAAGUAUUAUAUAUUGACGAACCGAAGGCCACUGUUUUUGUUUAUGUUUUACAUCAUACCUAUCAUCGCCUUAAUAUCGAUGCAACUGACCGUCGGUCAGAGCCCUUACAACAUACCCGUUGGCCUUUACAACGGCGAUACACAACCCGCUGAACUGUCCCGACAAUACAUUCGGUCAAUCAAUGCUCAAUAUCUGCGUCUGAAUGAGUUCCCAAACAGCACCCGUGCCGUACAGUCUGUCCGCGAGGGCCGCAACUUUAUGGCCAUUGAGUUUAGCGAGAAUUUUACCAAUGCUUUCAACGCGAGGCUCACAGACAUACUGGAGAUGAGCGACGAUGAUCUGGACAACAGUCAAAUCAAGCUAUACGUCGAUAUGUCUAAUAUAGCGCUCGUGUUGUUUGUAUUUAAGAAUAUAUUUGAAGCAUUUGAACGCUUCUCCCAUUCGCUGAGCCAUACGGUUGGAUACGAUCUGUACAAAUACAUGUCUCCCGUGUCCAUCGAGACGCCCAUAUAUGGUCGCGUAGAGUUGGACGUAUCUAACCAUUUUGCACCCUCAAUAAUAAUUGUGCUAGCUCAGUGUUUGCCAAUGGUGCUGUCGGCCCUACAAAUUAUCUACGACCGCAAAAACACAAGUCUCGAGCGUAUGCUAGUGGCCGGUGUGCGCCCGAUGGAGUUUUACCUCGCUCACGUCACCCAGAAUUCUAGCCUAAUUAUUAUUCACGUGUUUAGCCUGAUGUUUAUCGCAUUCAAAAUACUUGGCGUGACGUGUUUAGGCAGUUAUGUAAAUAUUUAUUUACUACUAGUAUGGCAGGCCCUGUUAGGCAUGUCCAUUGGGCUCAUGGGUGCCCUUAUAUUGUCCGAUGAAGUCUCUGUUGCGGUGUUUUGUGGCCCUUGGAGUCUAUACCUACUUACUUCCGGUACAUCUCUGAUUUAA